AUGGAUGAAAAAGGUGGCCCGAGCAAUGAGGAAGCACCCAAGGCCAUCAAACCCACCAGCAAAGAAUUCAGGAAAACGUGGGGCUUUCGAAGAACCACCAUCGCCAAGCGAGAGGGUGCCGGGGACGCCGAGGCGGACGCUCUGGAGCAGCAGCCCCAGCAGGGCCUUUCCUUGCGGCGCAGCGGGAGGCAGCCGAAGCGGACCGAGCGCGUGGAAGAGUUUCUCACGACGGUCCGAAGACGAGGAAGGAAGAAUGCGCCCGUCUCCCUGGAGGACUCCGGCGAGCCAGUGUCUUGUCCCGUCACGGACGUGGAGACGGCAUCGGAAGGGAGCGUGGAGAGCACGUCGGAGGGGAAGGGCGGGCCCACGGCAGGCUCCGCGGGGGACAAGGAGCAGCCGGCCGCCCCCACAAAGGCCAAAGGGGGUGAGGGCGAGGACGACACCUCUGACAGUGACAGCGACGGGCUGACUUUGAAGGAACUGCAGAACCGCCUGCGGAGACAGCGGGAGCAGGCAGCGGCCGACAGAUCCCCCAGGAGCCUCCAGAGCCGCCUGCGGAGGAAGCGCCGAGAGCAGGGUCCCACGCAGACCGGCGGCACGGAGGCGGCCGAUGCCACAGAGAGCUCGCUGCCCGGUGAGCAGGAGCCCGAGGCCGAGCAGGGCACCGUGUCGGAGGCCGAGAAAGACGGUGGAGAGCAGGAGCCAGAAGGGAAGGCGGCUCAGGGGAUGGAAGGCAGAGACCCCAGGGACACGGGCCGGCAGCGGCCCGAGUGUGAGGCCUACGAGCCCAACGCUCUGUACUGCAUAUGUCGUCAGCCCCACAACAACAGGUUUAUGAUCUGCUGUGACCGAUGUGAGGAGUGGUUUCACGGCGACUGUGUGGGCAUUUCCGAGGCUCGGGGAAGGCUCCUGGAGCGCAACGGCGAGGAUUACAUCUGCCCGCACUGCACCAUCCUGCAGGUGCGGGACGACGCGGAGCCCGAGGGCACAGAGCAGCAGGAGGCCGGGUGCGGGCCCACAGACUCAGACGGUGCUGACUGCACCAGCAUGGGGACGGUGGAGCAGAAGUCCAGUGAGGACCAAGGAAUAAAGGGCAGAAUUGAGAAAGCUGCAAACCCCAGCAGCAAGAAAAAGCUCAAGAUAUUCCAGCCCGUGGUAGAGGCUCCUGGUGCCUCAAACUGUAUCGGCCCCGGGUGCUCGAACGUGGCGCAGCCUGACUCGGUUUACUGCAGCAGCGACUGUAUUCUGAAACACGCCGCAGCUACCAUGAAAUCUCUAAGUGCGGGUAAAGAACAAAAACCAAAACCUAAAGACAAGACCAAGAUGAAGCCAGAAAAGCUCAUUCUCCCGAAAUGUAGCGUCCAGGCAGGCGUGCGAAUCUCUUCUGUGCAUAAGAGACCAGCUCCAGACAAGAAAGAAAACAUAGCGAAGAAGGCGACAGUGGCCCCUUCGAGGAGCGAGGUGUUCGUGAAGGAAGCGACCUGUGAGGGCACGCCGUCCUGGGCAAGCGACCACAAUUACAAUGCAGUAAAGCCAGAACAGACUGCUGCCCCCUGGCCACCACUGUUGUAUAAAUCCAUGAAGGAGGACAGGCGUGUGGAGGAGAAGACCGCAGUGGUGGCUGUUGGGCCGAAGAAGAUGGCCCCUCCGGGCUCCUCAGCAGGCGGCAAACAACCUUCACCCAGAAACCUCCUGCCGAAGAAGUCCCCUCCCUUCGCAAACGCAGCAGCAGCCAAAGUGGCCAGCAAGAAGUCGCCAUCGGGCUUCAAGGGCACCAUACCCAAGAGGCCGUGGCUCUCGGCUGCCCCGCCGGGUGGCACCCCCACCGCCAAGCAGGCCAGGCUGGCGCCUGGGACUGCCACGUCCGCUUCCAAAAAGUCACCGGGCUCUGCCGCAUUGGCGGGGGCCCUCAGGAAGCCAGUGGCCACCUCCGGCCCCUUGGCUCCUCCGGCCCCAGGACGCCUGGGGACCUCGAGCCCUGCCCUGUCACAGCCAAAUUCACAGAUACGGCAGAACAUAAGACGCUCCUUGAAGGAGAUUUUGUGGAAAAGAGUCAACGACAGUGAUGACCUAAUCAUGACGGAAAACGAAGUAGGAAAAAUUGCCCUCCAUAUUGAGAAAGAGCUGUUUAACUUGUUCCAAGUUACAGACAAUCGCUACAAGAGUAAAUACCGCAGCAUCAUGUUCAACCUCAAGGAUCCCAAAAAUCAGGGCCUCUUCCAUCGUGUUCUGCGUGAGGAGAUCUCUUUGGCAAAACUCGUGAGGAUGAAGCCAGAAGAACUCGUGUCCAAAGAGCUGUCCACGUGGAGGGAGCGGCCGACAAAGCCUGCGAUGGAGUCCAGAAAUAAGCAGCACGGUGACAGUAAACAGACCACCGUUAAACGGGACCCUGUGCCCAACAUGGAGGACUCGCCACCCGUGUCCGAUUCAGACGAGCAGCAGGAGUCGGUGCGAGCCGUCCCCGAGCAGAGCGCUGCGCCCCUCCUUGACAUCUUCAGCAGUAUGUUGAAAGACACCACGAGUCAGCACCGGGCGCAUCUGUUCGACCUGAACUGUAAAAUUUGUACAGGUCAGGUUCCGUCAUCGGAAGAUGAACCGGCUCCAAAAAAGCAAAAGCUGUCCACUUCUAAGAAGGAAGAGUCGAGAUCCAAGUAUGACACCGCUCCUUCUGAGCCAGUUCUUAGCUCGGCUGAUGACGCGGUUCCAGAAGCUCUGCCCGAAAGUGCCUCCGAGCCAGACCUGGACAGUGCUGCUUCGCACACACACUUGGAGAGAAAGUAUUUCCCUGUGCCGCCGGGAGACGGCCACCUGGAGCCUUCUGCCCUGGAAGGCCCCUCCUGCCCGGCCACCUGCGGGGGCCCAGUGCUCACCACGGUCACGGUGUCUGGCCGAGACCCCAGGACCGCGCCAGGCGGGUCGUGCACAGUCACGACCCCUGCAGCAGCCCGCCCUGACGGCGCCCACCCAGCGGAAUCCCGACAGGAGGUCCUGAAGCCUGCCGUGACCUCGGUGACAGUGCCCAAGUCCAUACUGGCGAAGCCGUCCUCGUCCCCCGAGCCCAGAUACCUCCUGCCGGUGCCACCGUCACCGCGCGUCAGCCUCUCCGAGUCAAGGUCCCCUCCGGAAGGAGAUACGACCCUCUUUUUGUCUCGACUCAGCACCAUUUGGAAAGGAUUCAUUAACAUGCAGAGUGUAGCAAAAUUUGUCACUAAGGCGUAUCCCGUCUCAGGGUGCUGUGACUAUCUCAGCGAGGACCUGCCAGACACGAUUCACAUUGGUGGAAGGAUCGCGCCCAGGACGGUCUGGGAUUAUGUCGGCAAGCUCAAAUCUUCUGUGUCUAAGGAGCUGUGUCUCAUCCGCUUCCACCCCGCGACCGAGGAGGAGGAGGUGGCCUAUAUCUCUCUCUACUCCUAUUUUAGCAGCCGCGGCCGCUUCGGUGUCGUAGCUAAUAACAGCAGGCACGUCAAGGACCUCUACCUGAUCCCGCUGAGCGCCAAGGACCCUAUUCCAUCCAAACUCUUGCCCUUUGAGGGACCAGGUCUUGAGUCACCGCGCCCCAACAUCAUCCUCGGGUUGGUGAUCUGUCAGAGAAUAAAACGCCCUUCAAGUGCUGGAGAAUUAGAUAAGGUAGAGGAGAAGCGGACCCGACUUCAGACCCAAGAAGAAACCGAGGUUUCUGUCUAUCCCAAAGUGCCUGCAGCCCCGCAGUCUGAGAGGAAACCCCCCAAGCUCCAGGUCUGCUCCGGGGACGUGGCCGGCAGCACCACACCCCCAGGGACUCCUCCCCCGCCGCCCCCUCUGCCCGAGCCACCCAGUGCCCCGGCGUCGUCGUCCGUGUUGAAAAUCCUGUCGUCGCUCAAACCAGGAGCCACGACUCCGCCCGCGCCCCAGGGCCAGCGGGAGCCGGCACCACGUGCUUUCGGAACGUCUGGGCUUCAUGGCCCCAGUUUCCCAGGACCGAGGGGGUCCGUUCCUCCUUUCUCAGAGGAGAGUAUGGUUUCCAAUAGCGAUGGGCCACGGGGGCCUCCGCCAGCCAGGUUCGGGGCUCAGAAGGGGCCCAUUCCUUCCUUGUUGUCAGGGCCACACGGGCCCCCUCCCUACGGGGACAGCAGGGGCCCCUCCCCCUCCCACCUUGGGGGGCCCAGGGGAGCAGCACCCCAAUUCGAAGACCGGAAGGACCCCCACGGGGAGAAGAGGGAGUUCCAGGACGGCCCGUACGACGAGAUGGCCGGCCCCCCCUCUCAGUUCGAGGGACCAGAACAAGCCCCCUUCAUGGCGGGCAGAGGCACGGCGCCUUUCCAGUUCGGAGGCCAGAGGAGGCCUCUGCUGUCACAGUUUAAGGGCCCCAGAGGAGGUCCCCCUCCCUCUCAGUUUGGAGGUCAGAGAGGGCCCCCGCCCGGCCACUUCGUGGGCCCGAGGGGGCCGCAUCCCGGUCAGUUCGAAGGACCCAGAGCCCAGGCACCAAACUUCAUGCCGGGGCCCAGGGGGAUCCAGCCUCAGCAGUUCGAGGAGCAGAGGGUGAGCUCGCCCCCAAGAUUCGCCGGCCCCCGGGCGCCAGCGCCCCUGCCGUUCGGCGGGCCGAGAGGGUCAGCGCCCUUCCCCGAGAAGAGCGAGCCCGCACCGCCCCGCUUCCACUUCCAGGGCCCGCCGGCCCCGGGGCUGAAGCCGGCCCCCAGGCCGCUGCUGGAGCUGCCCAGCCACCCGCCGCCGCACCGGCCGGAGCGCUGGGACGAGGCGCCCGCGCAGGGCCCCGAGGCCGACUUCCGCGAGGGCAAGGGCCACGAGUACAGAAGCCAGGCCUUUGAAGGGCGGCAGAGGGAGCGGUUCGAAGCCGGGCCCAAAGAGAAGCCGCUGGAGGAGCCCGAGGCCGCGCCGCCGGAGAGCCGGCCGGGCAGGGCCCUGGAGGAGCGUCGGCGGGAGCGGGGGCGGCGCUGGAGCCGGGAGCGGGACUGGGACCGGGGCCACGAGCGGGGCCGUCACCGCGACAAGGACCCGGGCCGCGAGUGGGACCGGAGUCGGGAGCGCGGCGCCGACAGGGACCGAGGGCGGGAGCCGGAGCGGGCGGCCGAAUGGGGCCGGAGCCGGGAGCGCAGCCGGAACCGGGACCGGGAGCGCCGGCGGGAGCGGGAGAGGUCUCGCAGCAGGGAGCGCGGCCGGGACCGCACCCGCGAGCACGGCCGGGAGCGCAAGGACCGCAGCAAAAGCAAGGAGGGCGCCCGGGACCCCAAAGCCGAGGCGCCUCGGGCCGCCACCCCCGCCACCCAGACCUAG